ACCAAAUUCCGAAGAGUCAACAAGCCGUCGUGUUGGUGUUCAACUACCGUCCAUCCAUAUUUUUUCAUUUUUUCUACAUUUUUUCCUCCGCCUAUUGGUCAUUUCAGCUCGCGAUCUGUGUCAACUUUUUUCGUAUAAUUAUUUUUCAAACAGGCUUUCGUAUCGUUAAUUCGUUCGGAUUUUUCUGGUUUCCACGGCAAACAGUGCCCCCAUUCCCGUUACUAACGCAGGUCUGUCUUCGUGUUGUGCGUGUGGUAUGCCACUAACAAUUUCUGACUUAUCCAUAUUGUACGCUGCUUACCAGCACGAUGUCAAGAUCAACAGUUUCCAACAAUGACCUGAGAAUGAAAAAGCGUAGUUUGGCUGGUGAUGUAGCCCUCGGCUUGUACGUUUUGGCUUUAGUGUUUGUGUUAAUUUCAUUUUUUUCAGCCAGUUGGUUAGUCAGCGAUGAGAGAAUCACAGGUGCAAAAUUAGAAAGAUUUGGAUUGUGGACUCAUUGUUUUCGCUCACUAGCUGAUCCUAAUGAUCUGGCAGAGCAAAGAUUUUUUGUUGGAUGCCACUGGAUUUUUGAUCCUUUCACCAAGGGAUAUGAUGAAAUCAAAGGAUUUUUGUUACCAUUUUACAUAGUGGCAACUCAGUUUUUUUACACAAUUACAUUCCUGGGAACAUUAGUAUCAGCUGUUGGUUCGUCAAUGUUUCUUUUAUGUUGUAUACCUGAAGAAAAACGGUUUGUACAAAUAACUUUUGCUUUGGGCGUAACAUUGAUAAUAUCUGGUGUUUGUGCUGCAAUAUCAGUGUUAAUAUUUGCUUUGUUUGCCAACCGUCCAGGGUGGAUGCCUGGCCACGACAACAACUUCUUUGGUUGGGCAUUUGGUGUGGCUAUUGCAAGUUUCUUUACUUUACUUGGAUCUGGAGCAUUUUAUUUGAUAGAAACAAAUAUACAAGUGAAAAAAAGAAAAUAUUUGAAAGAAUCACAGACUAAAUUUGCCAUAGAGUUCAAAGGAUAAGCUCAAAUUAAUUUUCAAAUUUUAAUUUAGACCAUUAGAAUAUGUUUUUGAUAAUAACAUU